AUGAGAUUGGGAUUAGAAACGAUUCAGGGACGAAACUUAAACCUCAUCGAUGCACAAAACGUAAACAUAGGAUAUCCCUGCUCCGUCGCCUCUCGCUCACUGGGUCGAAAUGUCAGUGAAUUUAUAAGCGCGGGCAUUAGGGCUAAAUACCAAGUACUUGGAGCGUGGACGUGUUGGGUGGCAGCGACCCUUUGGCAUCACGCGUGCCCUUCGGCGGCCUUGGGUGCCCCUCUCCUAGGCCCUGACGUCAUGAGCUUCGACUCACUCCCGCCCCUGACGCUGUGGCACUCGCCGGUCCUGCCCGCGGUGCCCCUGCAGGCGGGCCUUCCCGCUCCCAAGGGCACUGUCUUCGACGGGCCGGACCCGGGGCUCAACGCGGCUAUUAUCACCGUACCCACGGAGUCGUGCCCGAGCGGGUAUCGCCGAGACUUCAACGGAGUUUGUCGACUCAAGUUCGGGUACGGACCCAACCCCUUCUAUUCCUUCACACCGGAGAACUUCAAGGGGGACGUCCAGUUCUAUAUGGGUCUCCAGGUUGGCGGACCGCAGCCUGGCAGGAGACGGGGUCGAGGGCGAGGGCGACCGCGUCCCGCCGCCAUCCCGCCUCCUUUCAUCGCCAAGGCCGUGGACGACGACGACGACUAA